AUGGACUCUUCCGAUAUAUUAUCAAGCCAAGAUAACAACCAAAAUAACAAAGAGUUGCAGAUAAAGAACUCUCUGAUGAAGUGAUACAACCAGAGCUUAAAACAAGGAAAAACAGUUGAUAUUGCAAAAAUUCUGGACGAAUAUCAGAAUAAAUUCAGCGUGCCGAAGGUACUAAUUAUGAAAUGGCUUGGAUUAAACCAAAGAAAAUCUUUAUUCAGCCAACCAAAGGGUCAGAAUAACCUAUCUGAAAGCUACAUCUCCCAAGAAUCUGAAUUUACAGCUUCAGAGUCAUCACCAUUAGGAAAAACAAGAGACAACAGUGCUAUCUUAAGGGGAGAUCUUGGAAACGCUAAAAACACUAUCUCUAACAAAGAGGACAACAAGUUUAAGAGAUCCUCCUCUCUUACCCUCAGCAAGUUUAGCACAGUGAAUAGGAGAACCAGCUGCUUAAAUUCUUUAAAAUUCAAGCUUGAAGUCUUUGAAGCUUGCCAUAAAAAGAACUCUUCUAAUGAACGUUCGAAAUUUUCUCCUCCCAGAAAAAUUUGAAAGAAGGAGCUGAAUAAUAUUAAAGAGUGUAAAGAAGAUGAAAAGUUGUCAAUAAAGUCUACUCUAAGACAAUGCAUAUCAAAGAAAAACAUAAAGCCAGACUUCAUCAUCAAAAAGAAGAGCAUGCCUACUAUAAAGAUAACAAUGCCAUCAAAGACUCCAAAAAGAGAAAUCAAGUUAUCUGAUUAUAAAACGAAACAACACAAAUCAGAAAGAAAGCUAAAGAAUAACAGAAGUAUCAAAAAUAUUGAACCGUCUAAGAAAGCUGAGAAGAGAUUACCUUCCAGAAGAAGUCAGAAAAGUGCAUUGAGAAGCAGGGGUCUUUUACAAAUGAAGAAGCCAUCCUUCCCCAACCUUAAAAAAUUGGAUAUCUCAAAAAUGGCUCAAAGUUAUUUUAAACACUCCUUGAGAACUCUUUCUAGAACUGGCCAAGAGAGGAAACCUCAAAUAAAAAUGCAGAGAAAGCAUAGAAGUCAAUAUAGAACUCCUAAACCUACCUCUUCCAAGUCAAACUUUUUAAGAGGGAAAUUUCUCUCUCUUAAUGAAUUUUCGAAAAACAACGAAAAUUCAUAUCUGAGUUAUAAAAAUCAUAUCUUUACUGAUGUAUCGAAGAAUUUGGAAAAUAAGGAGAAGUGUAGCACCAUUUCAAUCAGUGAUUUCUUAACCAGUGAUACCCUUGGAAGAAAUAAAAAGACUCUACCUGAUUUGAGCAGCAAUAAAUACGACUCAAGGGCAAAAAUCUGACAACAGCAGAAUGCUUUUAAGAAUUCUGGGCUCUCUUCUCAGAUGUACAUAAAGGGUUUAUUUGGAUCAGAUAAGAGCAUGUUUAUGUGUGAAGGGAAGAAGAAUUCACAGAUGAUGACUAUGGCAAAUUCCCUUCCAAAGUUUGGAAUUAACUUGAAGACUCCUCAAUCUUAUUCUACUGCUGCUUUGAAGACUUUCUCUGGAACUUCAAAGCUAAAACCAAAGUUAUUAAACUGUGACUUGAUGGAGAUUAGUGAACAACUAAGCUUGAGUUCGUCAAGAGAAAUCUCUCUUGAAAGACUUGAUAAAAACAAUAAAGAUAUUCCUAAGCAAUACAUUCUCCUCAGAAAUUCUUUUAAUAAGAGAGAUGAAAGUAGUCCUAAAGAGUCUAGAAAGAAGAGAGCCUUUAAAAUUAGGAAGAAUAAAAGUAGAAGCAAAAGAAGUACUUCAGUUUGUUAA